AUGUCGGAGAAGAAAGAUAUUAUUGAUUCUGGUGCAAUGAGUCAAGUAGAUGAAAGUUCAUCAUUAAACUUACAAAGUUAUGAUGGUUUUGAUCAAAAUGCUCAAGAUAAAAUUAGACAAUUAGCAAGAAGUUUGACUAACCAAAGUUCUACUACUCAUAACAACGAUGCCGCAUCUUUAUUCUCAAACGUUAAAGGUGUCAACCCGGUUUUCACUGAUCCUUCAAAUCCAGAAUACGAUGAAAGAUUAGAUCCAGAAAGUGAGAAUUUUUCCAGUACCGCUUGGGUUAAAAAUAUGGCAAAUUUAACUGCUGCUGAUCCAGAUUACUAUAAGCCUUACUCUUUAGGUUGUGUUUGGAAAGAUUUGACUGCUUCAGGUGACUCUUCAGAUGUCGUCUACCAAUCUACCGUCUUCAAUAUGCCAACAAAAUUAUUGAAAACAGCUUUCAGAAAAGCUAGACCAGCUAAAGAAUCAGACACUUUUCAAAUUUUAAAACCAAUGGAAGGUUGUAUCAACCCAGGUGAAUUAUUAGUCGUCCUUGGUAGACCAGGUUCUGGUUGUACUACCCUAUUGAAAUCCAUUUCUUCCAACACUCACGGUUUCAACGUCGGUAAGGAUUCAACAAUCUCAUACAAUGGUCUUACUCCAAAGGCUAUAAAUAGACAUUACCGUGGUGAAGUAGUGUACAAUGCCGAGUCCGAUGUACAUUUACCACAUCUUACAGUUUUCGAAACAUUGUAUACUGUCGCAAGAUUAAAGACUCCAAGUAAUCGUGUUCAAGGUGUUGACAGAGACACUUACGCUAAACAUCUAACUGACGUUACAAUGGCUACUUACGGUUUGUCUCACACAAGAAACACAAAAGUUGGUAACGAUCUUGUUAGAGGUGUUUCUGGUGGUGAAAGAAAGCGUGUUUCCAUUGCUGAGGUCACUAUCUGUGGUUCUAAGUUCCAAUGUUGGGAUAAUGCAACAAGAGGUUUAGAUUCUGCAACUGCUUUAGAAUUUAUCAGAGCUUUAAAAACCCAGGCUACUUUAACUAACACCGCUGCUACUAUCGCUAUUUACCAAUGUUCUCAAGAUGCUUACGAUUUAUUCGAUAAAGUUUGUGUAUUAUACGGUGGCUACCAAAUCUUUUAUGGAUCUGCACAAAAGGCAAAGAAAUAUUUUGAAACUAUGGGUUACCAAUGUCCAGAAAGACAAACUACUGCAGAUUUCUUAACUUCUGUUACAAGUCCUGCUGAAAGAGUUAUAAAUCCUGAUUUCAUUGGAAGAGGCAUUCAAGUUCCACAAACUCCAGAAGAUAUGAAUAACUAUUGGAGGAAUUCCCCUGAAUAUAAAGAGUUAAUAAACGAAAUUGACACCCAUUUAGCUAACAACCAAGACGAAUCUCGUAACAGCAUCAAAGAAGCUCAUAUCGCUAAACAAUCAAACAGAGCUAGACCAGGCUCUCCUUACACAGUUAAUUACGGUAUGCAAGUCAAAUAUCUACUCACAAGAAACGUUUGGAGAAUUAAAAACAAUUCUAGUGUCCAACUAUUUAUGAUCUUUGGUAACUGUGGUAUGGCCUUCAUUUUGGGUUCCAUGUUCUACAAAGUUAUGAAACAUGAUUCAACAUCUACAUUCUAUUAUCGUGGUGCAGCUAUGUUCUUCGCCAUUCUUUUCAAUGCCUUCUCCUGCCUUUUAGAAAUUUUCUCCUUAUACGAAGCAAGGCCAAUUACUGAAAAACACAGAAGUUAUUCCUUAUACCACCCAAGUGCUGAUGCAUUUGCCUCCAUUUUCUCUGAAAUUCCAACUAAAAUUAUCAUCGCCAUUGGUUUCAACAUCAUUUACUAUUUCUUAGUUAACUUCGAAAGAAACGGUGGUGUCUUCUUCUUUUAUUGGUUAAUUAACAUCGUCGCUGUUUUUGCCAUGUCUCAUUUAUUCAGAACUGUGGGUUCUUUGACUAAGACUUUAUCCGAGGCUAUGAUACCUGCUUCUAUGUUAUUACUAGCUAUGUCCAUGUUUACUGGUUUCGCUAUCCCCAAGACGAAGAUGCUGGGCUGGUCCAAGUGGAUUUGGUAUAUCAACCCAAUUGCUUAUUUAUUUGAAUCGUUAAUGAUCAAUGAAUUCCAUGGUCGUAGAUUCGAAUGUGCAGCAUUUAUUCCAAGUGGUCCAGCUUAUAGCAAUAUUACGGCUACUGAAAGAGUUUGUGCUGUCAGUGGUUCUGUUGCCGGCCAAAGUUACGUUUUAGGUGAUGAUUACAUUAGGGUUAGCUACGACUAUCUCCAUAAACAUAAGUGGAGAGGUUUCGGUAUUGGUAUGGCCUAUGCCAUCUUCUUUCUUUUCGCUUACCUAGUUGUGUGUGAAUACAACGAAGGUGCCAAGCAAAAGGGUGAAAUGCUAGUUUUCCCACAAAGUGUUCUAAGAAAGUUAAGAAAAGAAGGUCAAUUGAAAAAGGACUCUGAAGAUAUUGAAAACGGCAGCAACUCAUCUACUACUGAAAAACAACUAUUAGAAGAUUCUGACGAAGGUUCUUCCAAUGGCGAUAGUACUGGUUUGGUUAAGUCUGAGGCUAUUUUCCACUGGAGAAACUUAUGUUAUGAUGUCCAAAUUAAAGACGAAACAAGACGUAUUUUGAACAAUGUCGAUGGUUGGGUCAAACCAGGUACAUUAACUGCUUUAAUGGGUUCUUCUGGUGCUGGUAAGACUACUUUAUUGGAUUGCUUGGCUGAGAGAGUUACUAUGGGUGUUAUCACCGGUGAUGUUUUGGUUGAUGGUCGUCCUCGUGAUGAGUCAUUCCCAAGAUCUAUUGGUUAUUGUCAACAACAAGAUUUACAUUUGAAGACAUCGACUGUGAGAGAAUCUCUAAGAUUCUCAGCAUACUUACGUCAACCAGCAGAAGUUUCUGUUGAAGAAAAGGAUGCUUACGUUGAGGAAGUCAUCAAGAUUUUAGAAAUGGAAAAGUACGCUGACGCUGUUGUUGGUGUUGCUGGUGAAGGUUUGAAUGUUGAACAAAGAAAGAGAUUGACUAUUGGUGUUGAACUUGCUGCCAAGCCUAAAUUAUUAGUUUUCUUAGAUGAACCUACGUCCGGUUUAGAUUCCCAAACUGCAUGGUCUAUUUGUCAAUUAAUGAGAAAGUUAGCCAGUCAUGGUCAAGCCAUCCUGUGUACCAUCCAUCAACCAUCUGCUAUUUUGAUGCAAGAAUUUGAUCGUUUAUUAUUUUUACAGAAGGGUGGUAAAACUGUUUAUUUUGGUGAAUUAGGUGAAGGCUGUCAGGUUAUGAUUGAUUAUUUCGAGCGUAACGGUUCUCAUAAAUGUCCCCCAGAUGCUAACCCAGCUGAAUGGAUGUUAGAAGUUGUUGGUGCUGCUCCAGGUUCUCAUGCUAAUCAGGACUAUCAUGAGGUCUGGAGAAACUCAGAAGAAUUUAGAAUUGUCCAUGAAGAAUUAGAUCUUAUGGAAAGAGAGUUACCCGCAAAAUCUGCUGGUGUCGAUACUGAUCAUCAAGAGUUUGCCACUGGUUUAUUUUACCAAACCAAAUUAGUCAGUGUUCGUUUAUUCCAACAAUAUUGGAGAUCUCCAGAGUAUCUAUGGGCAAAGUUUGUUUUAACUAUUUUCAAUGAGUUGUUUAUUGGUUUCACCUUCUUCAAAGCAGGUACUUCAUUACAAGGUUUACAAAAUCAAAUGUUAGCUGCAUUCAUGUUCACAGUCAUUUUCAAUCCAUUAUUACAACAAUAUCUUCCAUCAUUUGUCCAACAAAGAGACUUAUACGAAGCCAGGGAACGUCCUUCUAGAACUUUCUCCUGGAAAGCCUUCAUUGUUUCCCAGAUUUUAGUUGAGGCGCCAUGGAACUUCUUAGCUGGUACACUAGCAUACUUCAUUUACUACUAUCCAAUUGGGUUCUACGAAAAUGCCUCAUAUGCUGGUCAAUUACAUGAAAGAGGUGCGUUAUUCUGGCUAUUCUCAACAGCUUUCUAUGUCUAUGUUGGUUCCAUGGGUUUCUUAACUGUUUCCUUCAAUGAAAUUGCCGAAAACGCUGCUAACUUAGCAAGUUUAAUGUUUACAAUGGCAUUAUCUUUCUGUGGUGUUAUGACAACUCCAAGUGCUAUGCCAAGAUUCUGGAUCUUUAUGUACAGAGUUUCACCAUUAACUUACUUUGUCCAAGGUAUAUUAGCUGUAGGUCUUGCUAACACAAAAAUCGAAUGUUCUUCUAGUGAAUUUUUACAGUUUGAAGCCCCAUCAGGCAUGACGUGUGGUAAUUACAUGGAAGCUUAUCUCGACUAUGCUGGUACAGGUUACUUAAAGGACGAAAGUGCAACGGGCACCUGUGAAUUCUGUGAAUACAGUUACACAAACGAUUAUUUAAGUUCGAUAAACUCAUAUUAUUCCCAAAGAUGGAGGAACUGGGGUAUUUUCAUCUGUUACAUUGCAAUCAAUUACAUUGGUGGUAUUGCAUUCUAUUAUCUUGCUAGAGUCCCCAAGAAAUCCAAAGUAGCUAAAAAAUAA